AUGGCUUCAAAUUCUUCAUCUAUUCGACAACAAAAUCCUAUUUCAUCUGAACACAUUCAAUUUUCAAUAUGGAAUACAUUUAAACAUCAUAUACCACGUUUUCUUAUUACUAUUCUUGUUGAUGUUAUUCUUCCACUUGUUCUUUAUUUUUCUCUUCAAAAACGUAUUAAAUCAAUUUAUGCUCUUUUAAUUGCUGGUAUACCACCACUUAUUAUGGUUAUUAUAAAAGGAAUUCUAUCACGAACAUUUGAUGCACUUGGUUUUCUUGUUUUUAUUGCUUUUCUUAUUUCGGCUAUUGUUGCAUUGAUAACACAUAAUCCAAUUGUACUACUAUUAGAAAAAUCUAUUAUAACUGGAAUUUUAUCGAUUAUAUUUGCUUUAACAUUAAUACCAUUACAAUGUUGUCAAUAUUAUUUUCAUAUACGUCCACUUGCUUAUUAUUUUUAUCAAGAUUUAGUACCAAUAAAACGACAUGAAGUUGGAUUACCUGAUCAUAUAUUUGAAUAUGAGGGACAUGAUGAUGAACAUUCAAUAGUAAAAUUAUCUUAUAAACAAGAAGUUGCUCAAGUAUAUGAAUGGUUUUAUACACAUUGUUCAUCAUUUCGUUCUACAUGCUAUAUAAUAACAAGUAUUUGGUCAAUAGGAUUUCUAUUAGAAUUUCUUGGUCGGUUUACUUUAAUUCUUGUUCGUUUAUCCAUUAAUAAUAUUGUUAUUUAUGGACAUGUUAUAUUGAGUUCAAUAACAAUUAUAAUGAUUCUAUUAACAAUUAUUUGUAUAGCAAAAGAAAGACAGCAAACAUUAAGAUUUAUUGAACAAUGGAAAAAUGAUCAUUUGAACAUUGAACAACAACAGCAACAACAACAACAACAAGAAUAA